AUGUCGUGGGGUCUCGGCUGGAAGCGGCCGUCCGUGAUCUUCCGUCUCUCGCUGGACUAUGGCGACGGGAGCGGGGAGCAGGUUGGAGGCUCCGAUCCUGGCUUCUCUUCGCCUCCAGCUCCCCCUGCGCCGCUGCCUCCUCUGCCGCAUCCACCGCCGCCGCCGCCGCCCCCGCCGCGGACGCUCUCUUUUUCCAGAGAGUCUGGAUUCCGGAUCGAUCUGGAGUGGCCAGCCGGAGACGACGAGGACCAGGUCGCUCUCCGGCUUCAGUCGCAGCUCAUGGUUGCGCUUCCCCCUCCUCGGGACUCGGUGGUGUUGAGUCUAGCUGGGGAAGGGGAGGGGGAAGAGUGCCGCGUCCGCGUGGACAUGAAGGUGACGAAGAGGAGGGAGCUGCUGAGGUCGGUCACUAUGUCCAAGGCUGUUGGAUCUGGUCAAAUCAGCGAGGGGAUCGGCAUUCUGCCGAGGCUGAUAGCGUCGAGUUCGAUGCCCUCGGGACCUGGCGAAUCCCUCGUCGGGUUUGAUGAGCACUGGAAAAGCCUGACGACGUUAAGUCUCUGCGAAUGUGGAUUAUCGGUGAGUGUGAUACUAUCUAUAUUUCAAGCAUCGAUUCAUUUUCUUCUUCGCUUGGUCUUUCCUGAACUAGUUUGCUGACUGGGCCUCGUGACCUUGAUUUGUCGUUGAUUUCCAAAGGAAUGCUGCCGUCUGUACAUUCCCUUUUUCAAUUUAUUUUACGGCGAGGUUCUAGAAUUACGUUAUACACUCACCUUUUGGAAAGGCGGGAGUUGUCUAAAUUACCAUUUUGUCACAAUUUGAACAUUCAUCUACUGGAAUUGGCAUUCCACCUGUUUAGUGUGAGGCGUAAUAUGCAAGCGCAUUUAAGAAGUUGAUGGAUAAUUGAGAAGAAUAAUAUUGUUGUAUAAUUUAAUAAUGGAAAAAAUUGGAAAUCUUGAAAGGUAAAAGUCGUACCCACCUAACGUGUCUAAAGAUAGGCGAGAUUGUGUCUCCACUUUCAUGUCUGAAUGGUCAAUGCCCACAAACAUUGUUUCUCACCUAAUAUUCUCUAGGAAAGCUUAAAAUAGGUUAGUCCACCUUUUACCAGGUGAGCACCUUUUAGAAAUUCUGGGGAAUAUCCCACAAAAAAUAAUUGGAUUCGGGGUAAAUACUGAUCCUAAGAAAACCAUCAUCACCUAUUUCAUCGAUAAGAGUCAACCCAUUUGAUUUUGUUUUAUGUUCGCCCUGUUUUGUGUAAGAUCAUCUGGAAAAUAUGGAGUCCCUUUGCUAUUUUGGUCGAAAUAUAUCGUUAAUUAUUUUAGUGAACUUCUUUGGAGCUUUUUUUUUUCCCCUGAAUUUGAUGUUUUCCUUGACUGAAUUUUUUUCACCUCAACCCACGUAUAUAAUACGGUGAAAAUAUUAUCCUUUUUCUCUGUGGGGUGUGUGUGUGUUGGCGGGGGAUGGGGAGAGACUCUCUAUCUUUUCGUGUAAGGUAAAGGGACGUUACAGCCUGGAGUGAUUGCCUACCUGGAAAGCCCAAAUCAUGUUAACGAAUAACUUUUCUUCUGAGAAUGUAAUACCAACUGAGUUUGCACUUGUUAAUGAAUGACAGUAUUUUAUUUCUCUUACCGUUUCACUUCAAUCAUGAAAAGUCUCUAGAUCUCUUGCGGCAGUUUGGUCCACCUCCUCUAUAUCACACCGUACAUAAACCUCUACUCACCUAGUGUAUAUGGGAGUUAACUUCUGUCUCAGAUAGGCACCUAAAUUUUUUUUGACACAUCAGGGUUGUAUCGAUUUUUCAGUAUCGAUACAUCAGAGUUAACUUCUAUUUCAAUAUCGAUUUUUCCUUAAAUUUAUGUUCAACUGAAUAUUCCCUCCAGUUUUAAAUUUUUCUGGAAUUUAAUUUACGCCUUACUCCUCUGUAUUUUUGGAGUUUUGACAGGUUCUUCCCGUAGAAUUGACACGAUUCCCGCAUCUUGAGAGAUUAUAUCUUGAUAACAACAAGCUUUCAAGCUUGCCACCUGAGAUUGGUCAGAUGACAAGCCUGAAAGUGCUCAGGGUCGACCACAAUCUGCUUGUUUCAGUUCCUGGUAUAGCCAGAUUUUUUUUUAAUGUUUGAUUAUCACCUGAUCUUCUGUUCUGAUGCUUUGGCAGUUCUAACUUCUUUCUUUUCUGUUCUUUUUAAUCCUUGAGUAGUAGAGCUGAGACAAUGCGUUGAUUUGGUGGAGUUAUCACUGGAGCAUAAUAAACUCAUACGCCCUCUUCUUGACUUCAGGUCACUCGAUUAGCAGUGAACUCUCUCUCUGAAUAUGCUUCAUGCCAUUUUGAAUUGUUUCCCUUCAACUUAGUCACAAAUCUAAUGUCUCUUUUCAGUUUAAUGGCAGGGCAAUGGCUGGGCUCCGUGUCCUGAGACUAUUUAGUAACCCUCUUGAGUUUCUCCCUGAAAUUUUGCCUCUGCAAAGUCUUCGUCAUCUAUCUCUUGCGAAUAUCAGGAUCGAAGCUACUGAUAAUCUAAAAUCUGUGAAUGUGAGAAUAGAGGUAAGAAGGGCUUUGGCUGCAUUUCGUGGCUUCUGAGUUCAACCACCUUAGCCGUUCUGUUGUAAAUAUUUAUUUUUCUUUUGUUUGACUGCAGACAGAAAACAGCUCCUAUUUUGUUGCUUCUAGACACAAGCUGAGUGCCUUCUGUUCACUUAUAUUUCGUUUUUCAUCAUGUCACCAUCCUUUGCUAGCAUCGGCUCUAGCUAAAAUAUUGGAAGAUCAUGGGAACCGCUUAGCCAUAAGCAAAGAAGAAAAUGCUGUGAAACAACUUAUAAGUAUGAUAAGCAGUGAUAAUCGUCAUGUGGUAAGGGAAUUUUCUUUUCUCAUCCUUUUUAAGGCUGAUCAGUGUGGUUCUCCACCCUGGUGAAGUGGUGAAAGGAUGACAAAAACUCGCACAAAUUUUACAGGUUGAACAAGCAUGCUCUGCAUUAUCAUCACUUGCUGCAGAUGUCUCUUUGGCAAUGCAGUUAAUUAAAUCUGACAUCAUGCAACCGAUUGAAUCGAUUUUGAAGUCUUUUGCCGAAGAAGAAGUGAUUUCGGUGCUACAAGUUGUGGUCACUAUGGCCUUUGCCUCUGAUACUGUAGCUCAAAAGAUGUUGAGCAAAGAUGUCUUGAAAUCUCUAAAAGCAUUAUGUGGGCACAAGACUGUAGAGGCAAGAUGAUUUCAGUUCAUUUGCAUUUGUUAUCUUCUUUUGCCGUCUUCUCUACAAAUUAAUUUCUACAAUUCCUCCCUUAUUAGGUGCAAAAAAUGGCACUCCUUGCUGUUGGUAAUUUAGCCUUUUGCUUGGAGAAUCGCCGUAUUCUUUCUGCAUCUGAGAGUUUGCGUGAACUUCUCCUACGCCUGACGGUUGUGCCUGAGCCACGUGUAAACAAAACUGCAGCGCGUGCUUUGGCAAUUCUUGGUUUCUCCUCUAAUUCUUUUGUUUUUUAAGUAAGGUUGAAUGGAAUUCCUGCAAAGUUUGAUUUUUUUCUUUUUCUGGCAAAACUUAGGAGAAAAUGAGAAUCUGCGAAGGGCAAUAAGAGGAAGACCUGUUGGAAAACAUGGAUUGCGCAUCCUUUCAAUGGAUGGAGGUGGCAUGAAGGGCCUGGCUACUGUGCAGAUCCUUAGACAGAUAGAGCUUGGUACUGGGAAGAGCAUUCAUGAAAGUUUUGAUCUAAUCUGCGGGACCUCCACGGGCGGUAUGCUUGCUAUUGCUCUUGGAAUCAAACGGAUGACCCUGGACCGAUGCGAGGAAAUAUAUAAGACACUUGGUACGUACCCUUUUAUCAUCGCGUUUUGUCGUCAAUGCUGAACUAUCUAUGAGUUCAUCUCAUCCUUCUCAAUUCUGUGCUUCACCAGGAAAGGUUGUGUUCACUGAACCCGUCCCAAAGGACAAUGAGGCAGCAACAUGGAGAGAGAAGCUUGAUCAACUGUAUAAAAGCUCAUCACAGAGUUUUAGAGUCGUCGUUCAUGGAUCUAAGGUUAGAACAUGCACGCAUGCUUUGUAUCAACUUAACUCGUAGUACUCAACUAAGUAUCUUAAUACAAGUCUUCUUGCAGCACAGCGCAGAUAAUUUUGAGAAAUUGUUAAAAGAGAUAUGUGCUGAUGAGGAUGGUGAUGACCUGCUGAUAGAAUCGGCGGUGAAAGGCAUCCCAAAAGUUUUUGUCGUUUCAACGUUGGUCAGCGCUAUGCCAGCUCAGCCAUUUCUUUUCCGUAAUUAUCAGGUCUCGAUCAUUUUCCAUCAUUGAACAUUCUGUUUCGUACAGUAUUUUUGCCAUGCUACCAUUUUCUUGAAACACAUGUCAAGGAGUAUAUGAAUAAUUUGGGUAUUUCCCCAAAUAAUCCCAUUUCAAUGAGGAAAUUGCCAAAUGAUCUUGGAAAGAAUGUACCAGAAAGAUUGGCACUUUUGACCAUAUUAAAGUUGGAAUGUUUUUUUUUUUGCUGAAGUCGGUAUCAUUUUUUGGUAAGCGGAAUCUGCUCUGUGAAGAACGUGGCCUACACUGCUCUCUCUCCUCUAAUUCUGGAAGACACCCCACCCCACAAACUGUAACCGGGCUGAGGACAUAAUGCACCAUACCAAAAGUAGAAAGCUAGGAUCUGACAUGCAGUAAAUCUUGAUUCAUUGUUAGCAGAGGAGGGAUGCCAUGAACUAUCUUUGAAUUCAAACUACAUUUGAGGCCUUCACCAGCCUUUUUUUUUAUCAUGUCUGGGUUGAUUGACCAUUUCCGUGGAAUAGAAAGAAUCAUCAUUCUCGUCCAUUCUUCCUCCUCUAGCUGAGAAUGUUCACAGCUUUGAAUUGGCCGAGGGAUGACUUCCUCUGGUGGUGUUCGUCGUGAAUUCUUCGGUCCUCAUUCAUAUAUAAUUGUUAAUUAUAGUCAUGAUUUAUAGAUUGCUGCUUCCUCUUUCCUCGAUCUGCGGCUGAUCGUUUUAGCAAUUUCCUGGCUACAGUACCCAGUCGGCACACCAGAGCUGCCUCAUGGAAUGUAUGAGAUUGGAACGACCGGCAGUGCGGUCACUGGUGGCGCAGGCAGCCGACGCAGUGCUUUCUUCGGCAGCUGCAAGCACCGCAUAUGGGAAGCAAUCAGAGCAUCCUCAGCUGCCCCGUACUAUCUUGAUGACUUCUCCGACGGUAGAAUUCACUCUCUCUCUCUCUCUCUCUCUACGGCACCCUUUUCAUAGGCUUGUGAUACUCCUCUCUGCUCUGUUCUUUCAGAUGUAAGCCGCUGGCAAGAUGGCGCGAUUGUGGCGAACAAUCCCACCAUAUUUGCGAUCAGAGAAGCACAACUCUUAUGGCCGGACACGCCGAUCAACUGCAUCGUCUCCAUAGGUUGUGGCUCAGUUCCUGCAAAGGUAAGAUUCCCAUCAGGACCUCCUCAGAAAAGCCUGACCCACAUGAUCAUAUGAUAAAUCUCUCAGAGUAUGCAAUUCCUAAAUGAUCUGAUAUAAAUUCCCUUCCUUUUUCGUCGGCAUAGGCAAGGAAGGGCGGCUGGCGCUAUCUGGACACCGGGCAGGUGCUGAUAGAGAGCGCAUGCUCGGUGGAUCGAGUGGAAGAAGCCCUCGACACGUUGCUGCCCAUGAUUCCCGAUGUGCAUUACUUCCGAUUCAAUCCAGGUAGAGCCGCCAUUCUGUACCUCGAUUUCAUUGGCGGCUUCGUCAUCAGUUGGAAAGAAAUGAAUGAAGAACUAUGCGUGUUCUCUGGUAUGAUUGUAGUUGACGAGCGGUGCGGGAUGGAGCUGGACGAGACCGAUCCCGCCAUCUGGUUGAAGCUCGAGGCAGCCACCGAGGAGUACAUUCAGAGUCACGCGGAGGCUUUCAAGAGCGCCUAUGACUGCCUCCUCCCCCCCUACCAGGCCGACGAGCGCCCCUCCGAGAAGCUCAGGUCCCAGCAUUUCUCCCGCUCCAAGCCCUCUAACGCAGGUAACCACCAUCUUUCUUCUUCUUCUUCUUCCUCCUUCCUCCCUCCUUGAUCCUUCUUCUUCACCGCCAUCUUUCUUCUUCUUCUUUGGUCACCUCCACGGAAAUGACCCCCAUCUGGCCGCAGGGCGCGACGACGACGGCGGCCCGUCAUUGGGCUGGCGGCGGAUGGUCUUGCUCGUGGAAUCCCCCGGCGGUCCGGAUUCCGGUGGCACCGCCCGGCACGCCCAGUCGCUGGAAACCUUCUGCGCCCGCAACGCCGUCCGCCUCUCCGUCUGGAACCGCUCGCCAUGGCUCUCCAAGACGCCGCCGGCGGCGGCCUCCGUCUCGACGCCGUUCCAGUCGCCGCUGCUCACCGGGAGUUUCCCGUCCAGCCCCCUACUGUACAGCCCCGACCUCGGCGUUCAGCGGAUCGGCCGAGUGGACUCUGUUCCCCCGCUCAGCCUGGACGGCGGCCCUGGCCCUUCCUCCUCCCUCUCCCCUCCGGGUUCACCCGUCUCGUGGGAGCCCUCCCCCCUCGUGCGGGCCCUCCACGAAAAGCUCCACAGCUUGCCGCAGGUGGGCAUCAUCCACCUCGCCCUCCACAACGACCCCGCCGGCUCAAUCCUCAGGUAAGUGCAGCUUCUUCAUCUCCAGUUCAUCAUGAUUGCGAAAAGGGGCUUCAUUUUUUGAUUGUUUCGUUCGUUUUAUGGGGGGGUGGGUGGUGCAGCUGGCAGAACGACGUGUUGGUAGUGGCGGAGCCAGGGGAGAUGGCGGAGAGGUUCCUGGAGAGCGCAAAGCAGAGCCUGUGCUCGGCCCUGAGGAGUCGGAGCCGCCGGAGGGGGGGAGGCUACGCCUGGCAGGAGCUCGCGACAGUGGGGGACCUGGUGGCGCGCCACCGGUCGUUCCUGGUCGGGGGAAUCCUGCACCGCUACAUGGGCCGGCAGACGCAGGUUCUCCCCUCUCUCUCUCUCCCUCUUUUAUGGGAGAGUGUCGCUGGGACGUUCUCUGGUUCUGUAAUGCCGUCAGCCUUCUUUCUUCACGCAGGUUAUGGAAGAUGAUCAGGAGUUCUCGGCGUAUAUGUUCCGUAGGACGGUGCCCGCUACCCAUCUGUCCUCCGAGGACGUUCGCUGGAUGGUAAUAAUCUCCUUCUGCUUAUUUCCUGAACUGGCCAUUGCUGUUAACGUCAAUUUCACCCAUCUGAGUGUAGAGAGAGAGAGAGAGAUAGAGAGAGACGUGUUCCUUCAUUUUUCACCCCUGCCAUCGCGGUUGAUCUUGCAGGUUGGCGCUUGGAGGGACCGAAUAGUGAUAUGCACCGGGAAGCACGGCCCCCCUGCGGCGCUGGUGAAGGCCCUCCUCGACUCCGGCGCCAAAGCCGUCGUCUCCCCCUCCUCCGAGCCCCCCCCCAUCUCCCACCCCUCCGCCGCCGCUGUCCCCGGCGAAGACCCCGCCACUGCCGCCGCCUCGGAGAACGGCAAGUUCGUCAUCGGUGACGACGACGACGACGACGACGACGACGACAGCGGCGCCGGCGGCGGCGACGGUGACGACGGCGACGACUCCCCGCCGGCGAGCCCCAUCAGCGACUGGGAGGACAGCGAGGAGGACGCCGCCCGCAGGCCGCCGGAGGAGGAGGAGGAGGAGGAGCUCUCCAAGUUCGUGUGCCUCCUCUACGAGACGCUCUACCGCGACGGCGCCCGUAUCGACGUCGCCCUGCAGCACGCCCUCCGCUCUCAUCCCAAGCUCAGGUACUCCUGCCACCUCCCCUCCAUAAUACUAUGA